AGUUAUUUGUCGUUGCGCUUUUGUCGCAGCGUGCAUUGAGCCCAAUUAGACGACUGAAGGUUUUGUCAAAGUAGUGUUUUUGGACAACCCCAUCUUCACCAUGCCUUCUCGCAUUACAGACAUGGCAUCCUCUCACUACUCAUCGCCUUCUGCAUUAUCAUCAGCUCCUGACGAGAAGGCGGGUCACGGUAGAAGCCGCUGUCCUGACGUGUCCCCAGAAGCGCUCGACGAACUCACCCGUAUGCUCUGGAUGCCCCAGUCUGUUGACGUCGCCAAUCCGCAUCCAGACUGGCUCAAGGAGCAGAAAGACCUGAUCGAGGAGCUCGACCAAUCAGUCCGGCGACCACAUAAUAUUCUUAAACGCUUGGCCGCCCACUAUGACAACCGCCGCCAUCCGUCGAAGGUUGCCCACCUGUGCUCUUCGCACCGUGGCCUGAACCCUCGCCUUAUCCGCCGCAUCAUGCUCCUCAUGGCGCAAGAGCUCACUCAACGCACCGACCGUUUCCGUAAGUGGCGCGAGUGUCCUGCCUUUACAGAGAAGCUCGAGGCUUGGCUCGACCGCAUGGACACGAUGACAGCGCUUUGGAUGGGCCAGGACGCCUUCCGCGCCGUGUUCGGAUACAACCGCACCGCUCCAAUCGGGACGGUUGAGAGCGGAUGCGAAGCAUGCAUUAUUUCUGUCAUUGGUGGGCGUCCUCAGGUGCUUAUCGACCUGCGCGCCAACUUGCGUGCGCGGCGGUUUCAUUAUCCCAGGAGAAAUAGGACAGAGCCGCGACUGCGGCUCUUUGUGGAGUCGUGGAUCCGGCAUUUCGACCAUAAAACCGCCAAGAAAAUUUGCGAAGCUAGUGACGAGCUGUCUGAGGGUAUCAGCGCCUGGCUUAAUGAAAUCGAGAGGCGGAAGGAGGAGAGCGCAGAGAGCAGAGCCGAUGCUGGAAAACUGCCCCGGCAGAUAUGGCGCCGACAACCACGGAGGAAGAGGAAAGACAAUGUUCUCCCGGAACCGCGUCCUCCUGCCAUCACUCGGUGGUCACCGUAUUCUAGUUUACUUGGCUAUGCUUCCGAUGGCGAGGUGCCCGUCCAGGAAGAACCGGUGUCGGUUUACUACGAACUGCCUGCCACCACCAUCACCCAGGACAAUGGGGGCGACAACCUGCACGAUGACUAUUACGACGACGGUGAUUCCACGGGCGACGAGACUUGGGACUGGUUCGAUGACCAGAUGCGAGGACGAGGCCUGAAAACCCAGGAUCGUCGCCAAGCGAUGCGCAAUGCUCAUCCGGCCUUUAAGGAGAGCGAGGUGGCAAUGGCGGUGGACCGCCUGGAUUUAUCGGGUGUCCGCCCGAGGUGGCAGCCUGACGAGCCAGAGUGGGAGUGGGAGUCGCAAUAUUCGUCUUCAGAACAACGACGAGAUCCGUCCAGUACCUGGAGCGAAGUCGAUGGAGCCGGCGCUUAUAUUGCCGCACGCAAAGACUGGAACAAACCGUGCCGCACCAAGCGGCAAGACCCGAUUCCCCCGCCACCAGCCUCAAGUGUGUACUCGUCGCACCCGGGGUUCCGACGGUCUUACGAUCUGGAGAGUUUAUGAUACGGUUAUUGGCGGGCGUCUGGGCCUGAGUCUAGUGCUACUGGCAUGGAGCCUAUGACAGGAUUAAAUAUGUGUAUUUGUGGCAUUGCCACGAAAAUCUGAGUCUUGGGUCCCUUGCAAUGGAUACAAUGGAAUACGUACCAAUGAUCUCGUAAUGUCUAGAACUUUGGAAAACCGGUGGGGUUAAUGAAAGGAGGUGGAAGGAUGAAGGACAAAGGGAGGCGUUUGAGAGAUACCCGUGCUUAACAAGCGCAUUACAGUGCCUAACAAGCACAUUACAACUAAAUUUAUUUUGUCAAAAAGAAGAAGAGGUUCGUCAGUGAUCCUCAGGUAGACGACGG